GGCUGUUUCAGUUGGAUUUCUACGCGAUUACGCGAAAGAUCGUCUACAAGAUGAAGUCGUUCGGGAAUUUGACCUUUGGCCUUUUCAUCAUCCUCAUCGCCUGUAUUAGUGCAGGUGUCGAAGGUCGUCGCCUAGCUCUUCGCCCUUUGACCGGAAGGGAACUUCGGAGGGCUCUGAGGGAAUCCGGAAUAGGUGACGAUUCUGAAGCUGGAAAAUCGCUAGCCUCAGCCCUGUCAGGACUCAGUGGAUUUGCCCUUGGUAUUACAAAAGGAAUUGGCGGCUCGAUUCUGUUUGAUGUGGUCACCUCGAAUGUGACGAUUGAUUACCUCACCAGUCUGCUGAACUCCACCGCCUCCUCAACCACUUCGAGCAGCAGUGGAACCGCCCAGGAGAUCUGCUUCAAUAGUCGCAGUGUCGACGGCGAGAUCAUUAAGGGAAGGAGCAAUGACAAUUACGAAAUCGAUGAUGGGGCAGAGCCAUCUGGCGAGUGGAGGCAGACCACUUCUACUACGACUCCUACUACUACUACUACUACUGCUAGCAGUGGUUCUAGUUCCAGCAAUGGAGUAACCUGCAUAGUCCUGAGCUCAAAGGGAUCUCGUCGCCGACGUCAGUUGCAGAUUCGAGCGGGAACCUUAAGAUCUGCCAACCCAAAACGCCGUAGAUCCCAUCGCCAGACUUUGAAAAAGUACCGCAGGCAUAGGGUUUAAUAAGGAAAACUUGGCCCUUACUUUAAGAUAACUUAACUUUAACAUAUUUAUUGACUUCGAUUAGUUUAUUAAAUUUUAAUUGUUCCGCA